CAAGAGACACAUGUCAUUAACUUGUCAAAACAUGAAGUACAUUUUAAGAAACUUAUCCAAACAAAAUCCACACAAAUGGAAGAUAUCACUGAAAGGAAGAAAAUAUCUCUCUCCAACUGACCUAUCUCCAGAAGAAAUGAAUUACUUACUAUCAACAGCAACUAAUUUGGAGAAAGGUAUUUGUGUUAACAAACGAGCUCUUGCUGGUAGAAGUAUUACAAUUCUACUAAACCAACCAUGUUUGAAGAUGCAAACUUGCAUAUAUAACACUGCAAAAAUGCUUAAAAUGUCUAUAAACCUCCUGAUUCAUACAAACUGGACUGCGUGUCAGAAUCCACUAGAUGCUGGUAAACUGCUCUCUACAGGAUCAGAUAUAAUAUUUUGUCAGUCUCCAAGACACAGCAAGUUACAAAUGUUUGCUCAAGGAGCUACUGUACCUGUUUUAAACCUCAGCUCUUGCCAGUUUGUAUCACUCAAUAUUCUAUCGGAUCUACUGACCCUUCAGAAGCAUUUUGGUAAAGUUGAUGGAUUAACACUUGCUUGGAUUGGCAAACCAUGCCCGCUAAUGAAUACAUACCUAUCAAUUGCCCCUUUGUUGGGAGUUCGGAUAAAAUACUACUCCGUAUGUGGGGGUCCUAUGUCUCCAUUAGCCAUACACAACCUUCAAGAAAGAGAUGAAGUGUACAAAGAAAGAGUAACUGAGUGCAAAGAUAUAAAGCAGGCCGUCUCAGGAGCUCAAGUUAUCAUGACCAACAACCAUACUGAAAAAUCAAUGACACUGAAAAAAGCAGAUUUGGAUAAAUAUGCCGACCAGAGAUGGGUGUUCCUUCAUAAUCUUCCACGAUCCUCGAUAGAAGUUGAAGAAGAGAUAUUUCAAAGUGAAAAAAAUCUACUAUGGAAAUCCUUUUGUAAUGCAAAAUGGGUAUGUGCGGCUAUCAUUACAAGAUUUAUAGAUGUACCAUAUUGACUAAAAAUAUUUCAAAGUGAAAGGUGUUCCUAUUAACUCCAAAAACUGGAGCGAUAUAAUAAUAAACAAACAUCAGAUAUGUAAAUAUUAUUUACUGUACAAUUAAACUCUGAUUUAUAAACAAAAAUAUUCGGCAUCCAUAGUACACAGAAAUUCUUUGCAUUUUUCAUUUUAUAUAAAAUACUAAA